AAAAAAAAAAAAGGCAGCUUUUAUAUUCCCCGAUAAAGCCCUCUUCCCUUCCCUUUCCUUUCUCAGUCCAAUCAAUCUCUCUCUCUCCUCUCUCAGAUCUCACUCUCUCUUUCUCUCUCCUCAUUCUCAAUGCACAAAUUCAAGUUUCUCGCCACCCAAUGCGCCGUCGCCGGCAGUCCCACCCGCAGUCCAACAACCAGCCCUGUCAUCCACCUGCGCCGCCGCAAGACCCUCCGCAUGUUCCUCGCCCGACGCCGAUUCCAUCCCCCGCCGCAAGAUCCCCCGCCCCUCCCGGAGCCCCGCGUCCGCCACAAGCUCAAGGACCUCUUCGUCUCCUCACCGCCGCCACCUCUCAACGAAGACAAAACAAUCUUCCAUCAACAACAGCAACACCAACGAAAAGAAGAAGAAGAAAAAGAAAAAGAAGAAGAUCAGUCUGUCGAACUCAUCCCUAACUCCGCCCUCGGCCUCCGUCUCCGCACCGGAUCUCCCUUCCGGCGCUCCGCCGCAGCUCUCCGCCCGGUAUCCUCCGUCUUCCGCUACCGGUUGCUGAGAAGAGCGUGGCGGCCGGUGCUUGUCACCAUCCCGGAAUAGUACCACUCAUACUUUCUCUCCACUGUGUCAUAACUGUACGGAUUAAUUCAAUUACUCAAUUUUAUUUUUUAUUUAUUC